CGCUGAGCGCCGACCGUGUGGCCCUUGGCAAGCCGCUUGAGGUGAGAAGAUGGCUGGCAACAACGAUUGGUUCCAGAGCCCCCGGGUCCCUAGCUUUGCUCAGAUGCUGAAAAAGAAUUUGCCAGUGCAGCCCUCUGCGCAGACCGUGGCCGCACCAUCAGGCUACUCCUCGGAAAGUUACAGCCUGUCGAAUAUGGCUUCCAAGGUUACGCAAGUGACUGGGAAUUUUCCGGAACCAUUGUUGUCCAAAGGACUUACAUCUAUUUCAAAUCCAGUUCUUCCUCCCAAAAAAAUACCUAAGGAAUUUAUAAUGAAAUACAAGCGAGGAGAGAUAAAUCCUGUGUCUGCCUUGCACCAGUUUGCCCAGAUGCAACGGGUUCACCUUGACCUUAAGGAAACUGUAACAACAGGUAAUGUUUUGGGACCAUAUUUUGCUUUUUGUGCUGUGGUGGAUGGUAUUCAAUACAAGACUGGACUAGGACAAAAUAAAAAGGAGUCUCGAUCCAAUGCCGCAAAACUAGCUCUUGAUGAACUUCUACAAUUGGAUGAACCUGAACCAGGAAUUUUAGAAACAUCAGGUCCUCCUCCUAUUCCUGCAGAACCUGUCAUUUCACCUGAACCAGCAUAUGUUUCAAAAAUACAUUAUGAAGGGAGACAAAUUCAGUAUGCAAAGAUUUCCCAGAUUGUUAAAGAAACAUUUAAUCAACUAAUUUCUAAUCAUUCAGAAUAUCUGAAAUGUAGUAAUUCAUUGGCUGCUUUUAUAAUUGAAAGAGCUGGGCAACAUGAAGUUGUAGCCUUAGGGACAGGUGAAUACAAUUACGGCCAGUGCAUUACACCAAAUGGAAGAGUGUUGCAUGACACUCAUGCUGUUGUUACAGCAAGAAGGUCUCUUCUUAGGUACUUUUAUAGACAACUAUUACUAUUCUACAGCAAAAAUCCUGCUAUGAUGGAAAAAUCCAUAUUUUGUACAGAACCAGCUUCUAAUCUACUCACUUUCAAACAGAAUAUUAACAUUUAUCUCUAUAUGAGCCAGUUGCCUAAAGGAUCAGCUCAGAUUAAGUCACAAUUACGUCUUACUCCUCAUUCUAUGUCUGCAUAUGAAGCUCAUGAAGAACUGAGUCUGCAUGUGGCUGUUGAAGGCAAAAUUUAUCUGACUGUUAACUGUCCUGCAGAUGUCAUUAAUCGAAUAAGUAGUAUGUCCUCAAGUGAUAAAUUGACAAGAUGGGAAGUGCUUGGUGUACAGGGUGCCUUGCUGAGCCACUUUAUACAGCCAGUUUAUAUCAAUAGUAUGCUGAUUGGUGAUGAGAAUUGCAGUGAUACUAGAGGCUUGGAAAUAGCUAUAAAGCAGCGUGUGGAUGAUACACUGACUUCAAAACUUCCAAUGUUUUACUUGGUCAAUAGACCUCACAUUAGUUUAGUACCAUCUGCGUAUCCACUUCAAACAAACUUGGAAUAUAAAUCCCUGAGUCUAAAUUGGGCACAAGGAGAUGUUUCUUUGGAGAUUGUGGAUGGUCUAAGUGGAAAGAUCACUGAAAGUUCCCCGUUUAAAAGUGGUGUGUCAAUGGCAAGUCGGCUCUGUAAGGCGGCAAUGUUAAGUCGAUUUAACUUGCUCGCGAAAGAAUCUAAAAAAGAAGAUUUGCUUGAAGCUAGUACAUACCAUGCAGCUAAGUGUAUGUCUGUAUUCUAUCAAGAAGCAAAAACCUUGUUGAAAUCCUACUUACAACAACACGACUAUGGCUCCUGGAUUGUGAAGUCUCCUUGUAUAGAGCAAUUUAGUAUGUGAAUUAGGCAAUUCCUUGCCAUAUUAAAAAAAUCCUGUACUUUU